AUGAGUGUGGAAGGAAAAAGAACAAGGAACGGGUCGCAUCCUCUCCGGGCAGUAAGCGGGUUCACCACCAAGGGCUACAUACAUGCGUUGGUGGAUUCCACGUCGAACUCGAACUCGAACUCGAACUCGAACUCGAACUCGAACUCGGACAGCAGGGUACCCCUGGUGCAAAUAUCAGAUGACUCUCACAUAACGCACGAUAGCUUUAGGCUGUAUACAGACCAGCGCGAGGCUUCGCACUUGAGGAACCGUAACAUCAACGGGGCAGGGCAGGUGGACAACACCGACGUUAUGGACCAGUUCUCUCAAUGGUCCAGCUACAAAAGAAGCUCAUCCCCUCACAAUACCGGUGAGAAACCUAUCCGACACGUCUCACAACGUAGAACAGACUUCACUAGCAAGGACGAACUCUCCAAGUUUAGCAAGAACCACAACUUUAUCUUCCACAAGGGCUUCUUGAAGAGGCAACGCUCCAUCCGCAGAGAAAGCAGGCAAGCCAAGGUACGGUCAAGAUUCAGAAACAAGAAGGAGCUGACGUCUGUUUUGGACUACGUAGAACUGGAACAAAUGGACAUCAGAGACGUGCUGCCCUGCCACUCGGUGAACAUGCACGCCGUCAGAAACAUCACCAGCUCGACCCCAGCGGUCACCGCCGUUCCAAGACUGAGAAACCAGAUUUACACUAUCAACGCCAGUACUCGCCCACUACGUUCUAGAAACCACUCUAUACGCAGGAAACUGCCCAAAUCGCAUCCGGUUCCGCGCCCCAUAACACCCACGACGACGACUGCACAUAAUCCAACGCCGCCAACAAAAUCCACGUACAGAAAAGGCGUGAGACGGUCCAACACGUCUCCAGGUGUGCUGUACCAUCCAAGAACUAGGGGGGUAAAGAACCCGAACUCGCAGGCAAGGCAGCAGCAGCAACUACUGCUCAAACUAUGGAAGGAAUACUUGAUGCUCGUCGUCGCCCAAAGAACACAACUCCGCCUAUCGUUCCUGUCCUCCCCGGGCUCGAUGUCCAACCAGAGCUCCCCCCGGUCAUCUAACGCCAGCGACCUAGACAUAUCGCUUCUGUCCACCCCGACAAGGCUCUUCCACACAGCAGGCCAUACAAAGAGCGACCCUAUAAUUAUACCAGAUGACCGAGACGACAAUAUCCACAGCAACAGGGCCUUCUAG